AUGCGUGAGAUCGUUCAUCUUCAGACUGGCCAAUGUGGUAACCAAAUUGGUGCUGCUUUCUGGCAAACUAUCUCCAGCGAGCACGGUCUCGACAGCAAUGGCGUUUACAACGGUACUUCCGAGCUCCAGCUCGAGCGCAUGAGCGUCUACUUCAACGAGGCUUCCGGUAACAAGUAUGUUCCUCGUGCCGUCCUCGUCGAUCUCGAGCCCGGUACCAUGGACGCCGUCCGUGCUGGUCCCUUCGGUCAGCUCUUCCGACCCGACAACUUCGUCUUCGGUCAAUCCGGUGCCGGAAACAACUGGGCCAAGGGUCAUUACACUGAGGGUGCCGAAUUGGUUGACCAAGUUCUCGAUGUCGUUCGUCGUGAGGCUGAAGGCUGUGACUGCCUCCAGGGUUUCCAGAUUACCCACUCCCUCGGUGGUGGUACUGGUGCCGGUAUGGGUACCCUGUUGAUCUCCAAGAUCCGCGAGGAGUUCCCCGACCGCAUGAUGGCUACCUUCUCCGUUAUGCCUUCCCCUAAGGUUUCCGAUACCGUUGUCGAGCCUUAUAACGCCACCCUCUCUGUCCACCAGCUGGUCGAGAACUCCGAUGAGACCUUCUGUAUCGACAACGAGGCUCUGUACGACAUCUGCAUGCGUACGCUGAAGCUGUCCAACCCCUCGUACGGUGACCUGAACCACCUGGUCUCUGCUGUCAUGUCCGGCGUUACUACUUGCUUGCGUUUCCCUGGUCAGCUAAACUCUGACCUGCGCAAGCUUGCCGUGAACAUGGUUCCUUUCCCUCGUCUCCACUUCUUCAUGGUCGGCUUCGCCCCUCUGACCAGCCGUGGCGCUCACUCUUUCCGUGCCGUCACCGUCCCUGAAUUGACUCAGCAGAUGUUCGACCCCAAGAACAUGAUGGCUGCUUCUGAUUUCCGUAACGGCCGCUACCUGACGUGCUCAGCCAUCUUCCGUGGCAAGGUCUCGAUGAAGGAAGUCGAAGACCAGAUGCGCAACGUUCAGAACAAGAACUCGUCCUACUUCGUUGAGUGGAUCCCCAACAACGUCCAGACCGCUCUCUGCUCGAUUCCUCCUCGUGGCCUCAAGAUGUCUUCUACCUUCGUCGGUAACUCGACGGCUAUCCAGGAGCUAUUCAAGCGUGUCGGCGAGCAGUUCACUGCUAUGUUCCGACGAAAGGCUUUCUUGCAUUGGUACACUGGUGAGGGUAUGGACGAGAUGGAGUUCACCGAGGCCGAGUCCAACAUGAACGACUUGGUCAGCGAAUACCAGCAGUACCAGGAUGCCGGUGUCGACGAGGAGGAAGAGGAGUUUGAGGAGGAGGCUCCGUUGGAGGAGGAGUAA